UGCGCGUGAAGUUGGAGCAUGGCCAAUCAGAUCGUCCAGGUCGAGGUGAACAACAUCUUCCGAAGUCCGUGUCUAUCCAUUUUGGGCAGGAAGAGGCCAUGAUUUCGCAUGUGUAAGGUGUGCAUGUGCAUCGCAAUGGAAGGCUUCGCGCAUAGGAUUUGAACUUCAAUCUCUGCGAGCAACUUCUUCUUCUUUGCCAACAUCCGCCACCUCUUGGGCAUACUAGAUACUGGACACAACUCCCUGAAGUCGGUGGUAAACAGUAUCGAUGGCCGCCUCUGAUCAGCUGCCCGAGCGCGAUACAUACAAUGCUCGUAGCGCACCUCACCCGGAGCCUCCUGCAUUUGCAGACACGGCUCCGCACGGGCAACUCCCGACAAGCAUGCAAAACCAUGCACCUGCGACGCCAUACUUCUAUACGCAGUCAGCCACACCUUCACACAGCUUCCAUACGCCAGUCAGCCAAGACUACGGGCAGAAUUUCCAGUAUCGAACAUUCGUGGGCCCAGAUGUGCCAUUUCAGUGGUACACAGAGAGUGUCGGGAUGAAUCAAAGUGCAUGGCAGGCACAAGGACCUGAAUGCACAACGACUCCCUUCGAUUUCUCUGCUCCGAUCGCGCCUGCAGCAGCUGGAGUGAGCGACACAUACUCUUACAGAACCACGGCCGAGCAGCUACGUGGAAACCGUCCUGGCACUUUUGACCGAAUGGCUUUCGCUCAAGUGCCUGGUGAGCUCGACCAAAAUCCUGCAGCGCCUGGGCAGCACAUAGGUCAUCCUCUCGCUGCUGGUCCGAGCCAAUACGACGCUUGGCCCUCCCAACCUAUGUGGCCGUCCACUCCCUCAACACCGCAGAAUCAUAUGGACACCUCUGUCCCCGGCUCAUCCCACACGCGUCCGGGCACCUCCGGGCGGCGCAAAACGAGGCAACCUGUCGCACGCCCGGCGCCGCUUGUUACACCCAGUCCACUUCGCUCCAAACGCUCUCAGGCAAGCCAAGACAGCAUGGUUAGGAGAGUGGCUCCCAAGUCACGAUUGCGGGGAGCUAAGAACAUGAGCAAGCUAGUCACUCAUCUGGGCUCUGCAGAUGCGCAUGCCCUGAUCGAUGCCAAGAAGUCGAUCGCAAUCGCUGCCGAUAAGCGAUACGUGGACCAGUUCCAGAGCAAGCAAGAGGCUUUGGAUCAUCUGAGCCGAAUCACUGGUAACCUCCAGUAUCACCAGCUUUCCGCUCAAGUUCAGAUCAAGACAGGCGAUAUAGAUUCCCAGAGCCGCCGUGCGAUUCGACAAUACUUCCUCGACGCCAUUCGCGAGGCGCCAGAUCGCAAUGAGCUCCCUCAUUAUUUCGCGGACGAACAUGAGAAACAGAAUUACGUGCGCAAAAACCAUGAGCAAUAUCAGCAAUGUCUACAAAAACUGGAGAAUCUCACAGACAGCAGCGCCUGUGUCUUUCUGCUCUUGCAGGUGCUCAUUGACGUCUACGACGAAGAUAAAGGCAUUCCCAAAAGCGAUCUCGACUCGGGUUUGCGAACUUCUCGUGGAAAUCACAAACUGGAGAUAGACAUAACCUUCUACCAGAAAGUUGCCUUGAUUGGUGACAUUCUCAAGAAGUACAAGUGGGUAGGCAAGGAUGUGUUGAACAACAACAACAUCCUUCUCAUUGUGGUUGCCACAGAGACUUUUCUCAGAACUAAACUCAACAAUUGCGACAGCAAUGCCACCCGCCAAGAUUGGAAGGACGAGGAGAUGGAGAGCAAGGGCGUGACUAAGCCGAAGCUGAAGGCGAAGACUGUCAGACCUUCUGGUUCACACAACCCCAACGCGACUCUGCCCGUAUCGCAAGAUGGUCCUGCCUCUGGUCUGAGCACCAUACCCAGUGUCUAGGAAGCAUCUGGUCGCCCGGAUGCUCAGACUACAUCAGGCGCUUCCAAUCUGCAUUCUGACACACGAGCAACCACGGCUUCCGCCUUGCAGCCUCUCAUGAACGACCUCUCUUACAACCACAGCCAUUCAAGCGAGGCGACUGUACCUCAACCAUUGAACGAAGGCAGCGUCCACUCGAACGCGUCGCACCUUGCAGACGGUUACCUCUGCAUGAACUGCUUCGAUCUAGGCUGCCAGUUAUGCGGUGCCUUCUGAUCGUCAACAAGUCAGCACCGAAGAGCGAAAGGAACAUCGGCAGGCCAUUCUGAUACUUUCAGAAUUUUCGCCACGCUCAACCACGCCCGCCGCGCUGUUGGUACGACCCGACUCGACACACUCACAAUCUCAUCGAGAUAGACCUUAGCGAUAGAGAAAAUUUUCUAAAGGUUCCCGAGAAUGAAUCAUAAUUGAGGCAAAGCAGGCAGCAAACAUACAUCAUACAAGGAGCGAUACAUCAAAGCUUCCUGGUGAGGACUUUCGU